AUGAAUCGUUUUAGUGAUAUUGAUUGCUCAUUUGAAAAAUUAACACCUGUUUACGGUUAUCGCAGUCAAAAACUUGUUACAAUUGAAAAAGCAUUAGAAUCAAUUCAAUCUCAAAUUGAUGAAUUACCAUACUAUAUUGAAACAGCAAAAAAACAUUGUCAUUAUCCAUCAGAACAUGGUUUAACACAUGAUGAAUCAGCAUCAGUUUAUAUUUAUACAAUGGAAUGGGGUGAACAAACUUUAUAUCGGGUUUUAAAUAAAGCUUUAAGAAAUGAAAAUAGACAUUUAUUAAAAGUAUGGUUUCCUUAUUUAAAACUAUUUGAUACAGCACUAAAUAAAUUACCAACUGCAAAAGAAGUUGUAUGGAGAGGUAUUACUGCAGAUAUUGGCAAAAAUUUUCAUGAAAAUGGCAAAAUAACAUGGUGGAGUAUCAAUUCAUGUUCAUCAAAAGUUAAUGUUAUCAAAGGAUUUCUUGGAAAUGAGAAAAAUUCUACGACGUUUUUAAUUGAAGCAUUGAAUGGUAAAAAAGUAUCUGGUUAUACAGAACAUGAAAGUGAAGAUGAAAUCAUUUUAAGAAUGGGAACCGAAUUUCGUGUAAAAAGUAACGCAUUAGAUCAUCCAAAUGGAUCAUAUCUUGUUCAUUUAAUUGAAAUUGAUGAAAAAAAUAAUGAUAAUAAUCAUACAUCAACAUCCGGAUGGUCAUUAGUAUCAGCAAUAUAUCAAACGUUUUUUCCAGCAAAAACAAACCAAAUCAGUUCAAAAUCAAAAUUCAAGAAAUGGAAACAAAAUGCCAUCACUGUGGCUGGUGAAAAUGGAAAAGGACAAAAAUUAAAUCAACUCUAUCACCCUCUUGGACUCUUUAUUGAUGAAAAGAAAAGCAUUUUCAUUACUGAUUAUGGAAGUCAUCGUAUUGUUGAAUGGAAAUGUAAUACAAAGGAAGGACAAAUUAUUGCAGGUGGAAAUGGACAAGGAAAUCGAAAGGAUCAAUUGAAUCGACCAACAAAUAUGAUUGUUGAUCAACAAGAUCAUUCGAUCAUCAUUGCUGAUAGUGAUAACAGACGAGUGAUUCAAUGGUUGAAUAAAAAGCAACAAAUUCUCAUUGACAAUAUUGACUGUUCUCGUUUGGCAAUAGAUAAACAUGGAUUUCUUUAUGUUUCUGAUUGGAAGAAGAAUGAAGUGAGACGAUGGAAGAUGGGAGAAUAUAACAACGAAGGAAUUGUAGUGGCAGGUGGAAAUGAAGAAGGAAAUAAACUCAAUCGACUCAGUCGUCCAGGUUUUAUCUUUGUUGAUGAAGAUCAGUCUGUUUAUGUAUCAGAUAGAGACAAUCAUCGUGUGAUACAAUGGAGAAAAGAUGCAAAAGAAGGAAGAAUUGUGGCUGGAGGAAAUGGUAAAGGAGGGAAUCUUAAUCAACUGUCUGAACCUGAAGGAGUAAUUGUUGAUGAUUUGGGUCAACUCUAUGUGGCAGAAUAUGGGAAUCAUCGGGUAAUGCGUUGGUGUGAAGGAAAAGAAGAAGGUGAAGUUGUUGUUGGUGGGAAUGGUGAAGGAAAUCAAUCAGAUCAGCUGAAUGGUCCCCGUGGUUUAUCAUUUGAUAAUGAAGAAAAUCUUUAUGUUGUUGAUAAAAACAAUCAUCGAAUCCAAAAAUAUGAAAAACUUUCGAAUUAA